CGGAGCCGGCGCCUGGACCCUCCCUGAUCUCUUUGGCGCUGGCAUUCAGGGUCGGGCCCACUGCGCUGUGCUGUGCCAACCGGGAGCUGUGGAUCGCCUGGGCUUGGUCGCGGGGUUCAAGUCCCUGAACCUAGGGCGCUGGACUGGCGGGUUUCAGUACUUCUCCCUAGUUUUAUUCAAGUUUUAUUCAUGUUCUGAGGAGGACAUGAGAAGGAACCAUGGAUCUCAUAGCCUUGGUGGAAGCCAUUAUGGAAGAAGUGGCCUGUCCCAUCUGCAUGAGCUUUCUGAAGGAGCCUGUGAGCAUUGAUUGUGGCCACACCUUCUGCCAUAGCUGUCUCUUUGGACUCUGGCAAGUCCCAGCAGAAUCUGAAAACUGGGAUUACACCUGUCCCCUUUGUCGAGCUCCUAUCCAGCUAAGAAACCUGCGUCCUAAUUGGCAGCUGGCCAGUGUUGCAGAAAAAGUUCGUUUGUUACAGCUUUGUCCAGGAAUGGAGCUGAAAGGCGAUGUGUGUGAGCUCCACAGGGAAGAGAUAAAAAUGUUCUGCAAAGAGGAUGGACUGAUUAUGUGUGAGGCCUGCAGCCAGUCCCCAGAGCAUGAAGCCCACAAUGUCCUGCCCAUGAAGGAUGUUGCCUGGGAGUACAAGUGGAAACUCCACAAGGCUCUGGAACAUCUGAAGAAAGAACAAGAGGAGGCCUGGAAGCUGGUAGUUAAUGAGAAGAAACGAACUGCCCUUUGGAAGAUACAGGUGGAAAUCCGAAAGCAAAGUAUCAUGCAGGAGUUUGAGAAGUAUCGUCAAUUACUAAAUAAUCAACAGCCACCGGGUCGGCAGCUAGAGGUGGAGGAAGCUGCAGCUCUGGCCAGUCUAGAACAGGAGAAAGGAGAGACUGUGCAUAAGCUGGAGUUGAAUCACGAGGAGCUCAGACAGCAGAGCCAGGUCUUAUGGAAGAUGGCUGCAGAGUUGGAAGAGAGGUAUCAGAGACCUGUCCGUUGGAUGCUGCAGGGUAUUCAGGAAGUCUUAAACAGGAGCAAGUCUUGGAGCCUGCAGCAGCCAGAACCAGUCUCCCUGGAACUGAAGACAGAUUGCCGUGUCCUGGGGCUGAGAGAGAUCCUGAAGACAUAUGCAGCUGAUGUGCGCCUGGAUCCAGAUACUGCUUACUUCCGACUGAUCGUGUCAGAGGACAGAAAAUGUGUGCACUAUGGAGACAUUCAACAGGAACUCCCUGACAAUCCUGAAAGAUUUUACCGCUAUAAUAUUGUCCUUGGCAGCCAGUGCAUCUCCUCAGGCCGGCACUACUGGGAGGUAGAGGUGGGAGAGAGGUCUGAAUGGGGUCUUGGAGUGUGUACAGAAAAUGUAGACCGGAAGGAGAUAGUCUAUUUAUCCCCCCAGUAUGGAUUCUGGGUGAUAAGGCUGAGGAAGGGAACUGAGUACCGGGCAGGCACUGAUAAUUACCUGCUUCUGUCCUUGCCAGUUCCUCCUCGCCGCGUGGGGGUCUUCCUAGAUUAUGAGGCCCAUGAUAUCUCCUUCUAUAAUGUGACUGACAAUGGCUCCCACAUUUUCACUUUCCCCCCUCAUCCCUUCCCUGGACGCCUCCUGCCCUAUUUUAGUCCUUGCUACAGCAUUUGUGCAAACAACACUGCUCCUCUAACCAUCUGCUCCCUGGAUGGUGAGGAUUAGUAGAGCCACUGUCUACCCUAGCACCCUUGGAAUUUGGCCUGGCCCACAGGGGUAUUGGAGGAUCCUGCCACUGAGAAGUGUCCCCUUGAACCAAGCCUAGAAUCCAAGGACUCCUCUGCCCAACCCUGUGGUCUCUUGGUACUGGGCCAAAGUUGAUCACUAAACCACUCAUGUGAAAGAGUGGAGUGUCAGUCAGAUGAUCACUGUGAUCCAUGAGGGAAAAGUAGCAUGGCCAGUGGUGAGGCUCAGCAGUGCUCAGAUACUUUGUUGGUGUAAGGAUCAGGACUUUGACGAUUCUGUAGCUCACAACCCUCUUGCCUGGUCUCUGUCAAAUGCCACAGUUAAGUCAGUGAGCAUGACACAGUGGUUCCAAUCUCAGGAAACCUUUUAAACAGGGUUUACCAUUGAGCCUAAAGAAUAAUGUCCCAUUGCCAUCCCCCUCCUGAGCAUGAGCUGAGCAAAUCAUUGUCCCUCAGAUUCUUAGCCCUGCCUUUUUCUCUAACUAGCAGUAUCAGAAAACCUAUGAGCCUUAGUGUUUUAUUUUCACUUUGUGGAUGAGAAAACUGAAAUGGCCUUGAAGCAAGUUAUUUCUUACAAAGCUAUAAAUAAUUUAUUUAAAAUAUUUUUUAGUUGUAGAUGGAAACACAGUAUUUUUAUUUAUUUUUAUGUGGUGUUGAGGAUUGAACCCAGUGCCUCACACAUGAGAAGCAAGCACUUUACCUCUGAGCUACAGCCCCAGCCCUACAAAUAAUUUUUAAAUCACUUUAAAAAUUAUAAAGUUAUUUUUCACAUUCAAAUGAAACAAGUGACAAACUCACUUCUAAGGUCACUUGUCAUCAUAUCAUUCACUACAUUUGGGUCUGAAAAUUCUCACAUGUUUGAGAAGUAUUAAGUGUCCUCAUUGGAAAAUGGGCAUAAUUUGGCUCAAAACAACUUAUUUGCCUACUCCAUAGGGUAGCUGUAAAGAUCCCAGAUCCCAGUCAUGCCAUUGUUCCUUUCUCAGGGAUAAAGGAAGGCAAACCAUGGAUUUGGCAUGUGGUGACCUUUUCACCUGCCUAUGGUGCAGUCAGCAUCUACAUAGCAGUGCCUUUGUUUCUGAGGACUUCUUGUGACACUCUGUAGCCAUUUAGACAGAAAGGUACUAUGUCUGUGUUUGUCUUUGGAAUGGAGUAUGGUCUUCGACCUCAGCUUACAAAAUAAAGAUAAUGAAAAGUAAAAGGAAACAAAACAAGAAAACAGGAAGGAAACCUCAUCUACCAGCGAGUUAGGCUAAAAUUUGGAUCUUUCGAUGUCAUCAAGGGAAUCUUCAUUCUUCUUUUUACUUCCAUUGUAUUCUUUCUUUUCUCUGAAUCUAUAGGGGAGGGAAAUGUGCAGAGAAAGAACAGGACUAGACACAAAAAGUGAGUUUGAGAUCAGAUAUUAUAAUGAAAGGGAAUUAAGACCACAUAUUGGUCUUAGACCUUAGAGAGAUUAUUGUUAGCCUUAGAGAGAAAGGUUGACUUUAGCGGGAAAGGUUGUACAAAAAUAGUUCAUUACAAGUCCUAAGAUUAUGAUGUGGAAGCAACUAUGGCUAGAAACAAAUUUCAAGGCAAGCCAAGUAUUUGAGAAUUAUUGGCCCUAUUGUGAGUGCUACAAUGUUUACAAAAUUGCAUGUUGUCUCUGUGAGGCAAUAUAACACAACCUCUGGCACAGUUUAUCCUUGCAUGAAAACCCUUAUCUAAAGGGUUAAUUUAGGAUUGGAGAGUAAAAUUGAUACUACAUUUGGUGUACACAGACACAUAGCUGCUUCCAGUUGGUCAUAAUAAGGAAUAAUAAAAAUCGCCUUUCUGUGUUAAUUGUAUUGGUUGUUUACAUAUGAAGAAGGUCAAACAGGCCACAGUAAAGAAAUAAACUCAUUCUACCACCAUGUGUCCAAGUUGCUUCUCAGGAAUUAGGGGAAAAAAGGGGUGAGGGGUGGAUAUUAAUAUCAGGAAAUGAUCUGGUAAGUCAAAGACCUGAUCCUGACAAAACGUUGAGCCGAGUUGCAUUAGAAGGAUCAUGUGUGUUUGUGUGAGGACUCCCUGGGAAAUAGAAUUGAGAAAUAGGUUCUUAGAAAGUGCUCCCAGUUAUAUCCAAGGACACUUAGCAAAAGAAGAUGGGGGCAAAUCAACGUUGCUUAGAAGGUACCUAGAAAUAAAAAGGACGAUUAGGUGAUAAAUUUAUUCAAACCUAGAGUAAAUUAAGGAAUGAAAUGACCUCAAGUGUAAUUUACUAUAUGGGGUUUGUUGGUUGUUUGCUACAAUUUAACAUUGAUUUGUAUGCAUUGGCUAUUUGUUAAAUGAAUUAAAUAACAUUGUUAUCUCACAUUGUCUAAUUUUUAAGACCAGACAAAAAGAUAAUUUUUUUCAUGCAUGAAAACCCUUCUCUAUAGGGUAUUUGCUUAUACUUCCUUUUUAAGUAUUCCAUAAAGAUGAGAACCUUAUUUGUUUGGUUUAGCAUUACAAAUCAGUCUAGUACUGUGUGUGUGUGUGUGUGUGUGUGUGUGUGUGUGUGUGUGUAUACACAUGCUUGCGCAUGCACCUGUGUUUACACAUGUGUGUGUUAAAUAUUUAAAUAUCUAAGUGAGAGAAUUUUUAUUCAAGUGCCUAAAAUUUAAUAAAAAAUAAGUUCUUCCUGCCUCAAAGAGGCAAUAAAAGCUAGAUAGUACUCCAAGGAACAGUAAAACUAGAUGAUAAUGAUACUUCUGUCCAAUACUAAUUUGAUGGAUAAUUUCUUUCAUUGUAAUUCUCAAAAGUGACUCCAACUGGAAAGAGACAAGUAGUUGUAAUGGGGGUAAAGUGCCUGCACUGCUCCCUGUUAUGCCUAGGUUGACACUUCCAGCUCAGUGUGAUCAAUCCCUAUAAUACAUGGCCUGCUUUUCCCAGCCUUGUUUUACUAAUAGACAGGGAUGCCAUACCUGAGCUUUGAGGAGACAGUUGUUAAAAUGUAAAAAUGUUUGAGUCCUACAAAAGGAGGAGACACGAGGACAAAUUCUUGGGUUUCAAACUCUCCACAAGAAAUGCAGUCUACCUUUUUUUCAAAUAAGAUUGAUGAUCUCUUAAAAUCCAAACAGUGUUUACUAUGGGUCCCAGACACUAGUUAAAUGGGGACACAUCACUUCAUGCAAUGGGACAAGGCAGUGUCUGCAUGUACUGUAAGAAGCACAGGAUAUUCUGUUUGGAGGUAGCCAGGGCAAGAAACCAGUACACUUUGAGAAGUACAUAGCUCAGAAAAUAUUUGAGUAGCCACAUGGGUCACCAUAAUUUCAGAGAAUGCCAACCCGAAUGAAACACAAAGCUGUUAGGGCAACCGUCCAGUUGGAAAUGCUGGUAGAAAUUUCUGUUUUACUUGCAAGUGGGACUGGAACUUUGUUGCUUUACAUCAUAUCAUUUAAUCCAUCACAUAUUCUUUGAUCUAAUAAAUAUAUUCAAUUCUUCAGGUUGCUUAUGCAGAAAGAAUAGUAUGACUUUCAAAAUGAAAAUCUUAACUAUGGAAUAAAUUUAUAAUCUUGUUUCAUUCUUGUUUAUGGGUUGCAAGAAAAGAGUUUCUUUUCAUUGCUCUUUGGUACAUCAUUAUAAGAUUUUUAAGAGGCUGGCUUCUACUCUGUUGGUAUUAAUAAAUAGAAAACAUCCUUGGUAGGUAAACAAGUCAAAUAUUAAUAAAUGGAUGCUAAUUAAGCAGCAGAUCUAUUUGAAUAGAGUGAACAUAUUAGUACCAGUUUAUAGGACUACAGUUGUAAUAUGACCUAGAACUGCCUCUUAAAAGUGUGGAAAUAUAAAUGUUCUGGGUGCAUUUUUAAGUACAUGUAUUGUGUCAAAUGUUGUGUUAUGUGCUCUCUAUUUACAAUUUCACUGAACUUUAAGUACCAUCUAUAAGUUAUCUUUGUUUCCACCAUCACUAGAAAAAAAAGUUAAGAUUGAUGAUAGAACCUCUUGCUUUCAACACAGUUUCUUCUUGCACUUUGAAUUUUGAUGUUACCAGAAAUUAUUUUUAUUAAUAUUUUCAAAUGCACUACAAUUGAAUAUAUGAGUCUUUUGCAUGUGAGGUCUUUUUCCCCCUAAAAUAUAUAGAUUACUCAGUUUAACAUAUUCUUAAAGAGCAAAUUAAAAAUAGAAAUAUAUGUGGAUCCAGGGACCCAGAAAAAGAAAAGUGCCAUUUCUUUAUAUUCUUAUAUGCUAACCUUUUUAUCUAAGCACAUACACCUAAGUGGUGCCAUGAGAAGUACCUCUGUUAUAUUUGAUUUCCACCUAGGUGUUUUGAGAUUGAGCUACAGAGAGGAGGACUAGUAAGCAAAAAUAACAAUGUCCAAAGUCAAACUCACAUAGACUUGCUCCUGUUGCUUAAAAACAAAAAGAUUACCAUUGGCACCCUAACUUCAACUAGUUUAACAAUAGGGGAUGAAUUAAAAACAUGUAAGAGUAUUUUAUAAAACUUGAUGAUGGAGUGUACCUUGGUAUCAAGGGUGAACUUGAAUCAGAGAACCGGAGAAACAUUGUUAUCAACCUAACUACAUAAAUAUCUUACUUGCUUUGGUCAGGGUUUCUCUUUUCAAUUACAUUUAUUGGAAAAUGGCCACUGUGAUUGAUCUCAAGUUUGUAUCCCCUCAAAUAAACUGGAAUCCAUUUGUCUGGA